GAGAAGCAUUCGACCAUUGACAACAUUGGAUUGGAUAAAUAAUAAUGGUCUCCUGCGACGACGACGAAACAACGAAGCAGCGAUCAAAGUGCGAUCCCCGCACGACACACGCAAGAGCCUUAACAUCAAACACCAAAGACCGUGCAGUGUGGAACAACCUCAUAACCCAAUACUCGAAACACAACCUCUCAACCUACGCUCUCACACUCUUCCACAGAAUACCUUCUCCCAACGUUGUCACAUGGACCGCACUCAUCUCCGCCAACUCAAACAAGCUCUUCUCUCUCUACCACUUCAUAUCAAUGCUUCGCCACCCCACUCUCCCCAACCCUCGCACCCUCGCUUCCCUCUUCACCACUUGCGCCACUCUCUCUUCUGUCUCCUUCGCUCUCUCUCUUCAUUCUCUCUCCCUCAAACUCGCCCUCUCCCACCACCCCUUCCCCGCUUCUGCUCUCCUCUCUUUCUACUCUAAAUCCCGCAUGCCACUCCACGCACGCAAAGUGUUCGACGAAAUUCCCCAUCCAGAUUCUGUUUGUUUUUCCGCCUUGGUUGUUGCUCUCGCUCAGAAUUCCUGCUCUCUAGAUGCUUUGCAGGUGUUUACUGACAUGAGAUCUCGAGGCUUUGUGUCCACGGUUCAUAGUGUUUCGGGGGGUUUGCGUGCUGCUUCGCAGCUUGCCGCGUUGGAGCAAUGUAGAAUGGUACACGCGCAUGCGGUUGUUUCUGGGCUUGAUUCCAGUGUGGUGGUGGCUACCGCUCUCGUUGAUGGGUAUGGUAAAGCGGGUGUUGUUACCGAUGCAAGACGGGUUUUUGAGGAGGGUUUGUCUGAUAUCAAUGUAGUGGGUUGGAAUGCAAUGAUGGCUGGUUAUGCACAGCAAGGGGAUUUUUUUUCUGCUUUGGAACUGUUUGAGUCUAUGAAAGCUCGUGGACUUGUGCCUGAUGAGUACAGUUUUUUGGCGAUCCUGACUUCCCUCUAUAAUGCUGGGAUGUUUCUGCAGGUUGAUGGAUGGUUGAAGAGGAUGAAGGUGGAUUAUGGUUUGGAACCGAGUCUGGAGCAUUAUACGUGUUUGGUGGGUGCAAUGGCUCGUGCUGGACAAUUUGAGCGUGCAGAGAAUGUAGCGUUGACAAUGCCAUUUGAGCCGGAUGCAGCAGUUUGGCGAGCUUUGCUAGCAGCUUGUGCAUAUCAUGGUGAAGCUGACAAAGCUUGGUCUAUGGCUAGGAGGGUGUUGGAACUGGAGCCGCAUGAUGAUUCUGCUUAUGUUAUUGUUGCUAACGUGUUAUCAAGUGCGGGAAGGUGGGAUGAUGUUGCAAAAUUGAGGAGGAGGAUGAAGGAUAGGAAGGUGAAGAAAAAAUGCGGUAGGAGUUGGGUUGAAGUGCAGGGGAAGGUUCAUGUUUUUGUGGCAGGGGAUUGGAAGCAUGAGAGGUCUGUGGAAAUUUAUCAGAAGUUGGCGGAGCUUAUGGGGGAUAUUGAGAAAUUAGGAUAUGUUCCUGUUUGGGAUGAGUUGUUGCAUAAUGUUGGGGCAGAAAAUAGAAAGGAGGCUCUUUGGUAUCACAGUGAGAAGUUGGCUGUUGCAUUUGGAGUCUUGUGUGGAUCUGCACCACCAGGGAAGGCGUUGAGGAUUGUGAAGAAUUUGAGGAUUUGUAAAGAUUGUCAUGAGGCUUUUAAGUAUAUGACAAGAGUUUUAGAAAGGGAAAUUAUUGUGAGGGACGUGAACAGAUACCAUAGAUUUCUGAAUGGUGGUUGUACUUGUAGAGACAUGUGGUAGCAUAUACUAUGGAUAAUAAACAUGCUUGGGGCUUCUUUCUCUUGACAAAUGAUAAUAGUUUCUGUAUUUUGGUUUCAUGUUUUUGUUUGCAUUUUGACCUAUUUUGUGUUCGAUCAAGUUUAAUAUAUUGAAAUAUUUUCAAAGGAUAGACUUCCUUUAGGUUUAAGGAACCUAUUUGUACAGUCACGAUGUAGGUAGGUACUGUACAAGUGAGUUUCUAUAUCCAACACUUCAAGUGUAAGAAGGAUAUCUAUAUCCUGUAUGUUGGGAAAAAUUGACCCAAUCUUGGUCAAAUUAAGGUUUGUCCAGUUAAGUUGGGGUGAGGCCAAUACCUACGGGUAUGAGUUUUUACUCGGAAAUGGAUCUACUCCAAUUCACGAGAGAACUGGACGAUCCAGUUUUGUUUUCACUUACGUGAAUUGGCUUCGCCUAAGUUAAAACAAAACUUUCCAUUGCCCGACCUCCCCCAGCUCCUCCUUUCCCUCCCCACAGCCCCACGCACCCCUACGAACUCUCCUCCCUCCCACAAUUUUUCUAAAAAAUCCUGAUUUUCUUGUAAGUGAAGCAAAAUUGCUUAAACGAAAACGGAACUAGAUUGUCCAAUUUCUACAUGGACGGGAGCGGAUUCAUAUCCUUUUUAGCCAUGUUUAUGCGGGGAUAACCACAUAUUUGAUAUUUUCUUUUUAAAAUGCUAAUUUCACCUUCGGCAGUUGUUAAUUUGAAUAAUCAAAAUUUCAAUGUGUUCAUAUUAAGCUUUAUUCUCUCACUCUUGUCUCCACCAUUUUCUUUGUGAGUAAUCUGAGUAUAUAUCUAUGCUCUACCUUGAAUGCAGAUUUUUCCCUGCGACUUCAAUGCCCCCGCUGUUUUCACCCAACCCCUAAGUACUCAGCUGAAUGCCAAUUAGGCAAAUUACAAUUGACAAAUAAUCCAAUGUUAUAAUAGCGUCAAUCAACUUGCUUUUUGAAAUGUGCACUAGGAUCUUAUCAUAUUUCUGCAAUUACUUGAUAUCAAAUAUUGGUUACAUAUUAAUUCAUAUCUACAUAUACAUAUAUAUACAUACACAU